GUGUGCCUUUGACAAAAUGAUAAAAUACAGGGUAAGCCUUAGACUCACUGCAGGCAUUGACAUUUCUAAAAUUUAAUUAAGUCUAUAUUGGUCUACUUUCUACGCAAUUAAUGAAAUGUAAACAUGGAAUCCCAUCUGUUAUUCACGUAAGAAAAAAAAUCUAAGAGCUCAUUGGCUUUUUGUUAGAUUUGUGCGCCCCCUAGUGGUCAGGUCGAUGUAUUACAGUUAUUUAACCCGGGUUAUACAACUUCUGUAACACAAGUCAGCUGUUUUGUAACCCGCUGAGAGAAGCAGACUGACAACAGAAUGCUCAAAGCCUUAGCAUUUUUAUUUAACUUAUUUUUGUAAUUGUACUAUUUCCUCACCUUCCUCUUGAACAAUGGCUCCUUCGGCGGCUGAGGACAAAACACUGGAGCUGAGACAGAUGCUGAGGGAGGUUCUGGUGGGUCGGGAGGAUCCAGAGGGUUUCUUUGCCAUGUGUUUGUCCGUCCUGGGCCACCAGGAGACCCGCGCACAGUUUCAGUCCAUCAUCAAGCCUCUGUCCACGGCCAACAUCCGCCUGCACUCCGUCCUCACCUCCAUCUACCACCAAUAUUUCUCCAAGACUGAGGAUGAGGAACUACAGCUUGCUUUGACUCUAUCUCUUCUGGAAAUGGAAGAUAACCAGAUGUUGCCCACAAACCAAGACUCACAACUCCUGCAGUCUGAAAUCAGUGUCAGUCCAAGUAGCUUUGUUCAACUUAAAUCAACGUCACAGGGACAAAACACCUCCUCAGCACCAACUGGAUCCUGGAACAAGGACCAAGACACCGAGCCUCAAAAAAGUUCACAUAGCGUUAACCCGACUCAUGGAACAGAUCAGGAACCAUCCUCUUCCUUUUCCAAGCCAGAUACAGUGAAUAAAAGGGACCAAAUGACGGAGGAAGGUUUAAAUAAACCCGACAAACCAAAACGCUCGAAGAAUAGGCGGCAGCGGCGAAAAGGAACUGGCCAACAGCUCGUGGGUUUGUCCAGCUCUCUGUUAGCAACUCCACCAGUCGUGCUGUGGUUCAGGAGGGAUUUGAGACUGUGCGAUAACCCUGCUCUCAUCGGAUCGCUGGAGCUGGGGGCACCUGUCAUCCCCGUCUUUAUUUGGAGUCCUGAAGAGGAGGAAGGACCAGGGGUCACUGUGGCUAUGGGCGGAGCUUGUAAAUAUUGGCUUCAUCAAGCCUUAUCUUGUUUAUGUGCAUCCCUGAAGCGCAUUGGCAGUCAUCUCAUCUUCCUCAAAGCCAGUGGAGAGGCCAAUAAAGUCAGAUCCUCUCUGCACACACUGGAGCAGCUUGUGAAGGAGACUGGGGCAAGAACUGUAUUGGCUAAUGCCGUGUAUGAACCCUGGCUGAAGGAGCGAGACGCUGCGGUGGUGUCAGCACUACAAGAAGGAGGAGUUGAAUGCAAGAUGUUCCACUCUUACUGUCUCAGAGACCCCUAUUCAGUCAGCACCGAAGGUGUAGGACUCAGAGGAAUAGGUUCAGUAUCUCACUUCAUGAGCUGUUGUAGACAGAACUCGGGGUCCCCUAUGGGGGCUCCUCUUGACGCCCCAGCGACUCUUCCCACACCGGCUCGCUGGCCUCAGGGAGUUCCUUUGGAAUCACUCGACCUGGCACGCAUGCCCCGCAGAAAAGAUGGCACAAUAGUUGACUGGGCAGCUAACAUUCGACAGGCCUGGGACUUCAGUGAAGCUGGAGCACAUGCCCGACUUGAUGCCUUUCUUCACAAUGGUGUGUACAGGUAUGAAAAAGAGUCCGGCAGGGCGGAUGCUCCCAACACCAGCUCUCUGUCUCCCUACCUUCACUUUGGUCAGCUCAGUCCACGCUGGCUUCUGUGGGACGCCAAAGGAGCGCGCUGUCGGUCUCCGAAGUUCCAGCGAAAACUGGCGUGGCGAGAUCUGGCCUAUUGGCAGUUAACUCUGUUUCCUGACCUCCCCUGGGAACCUCUCAGACCACCAUACAAGGCUCUGCGGUGGAGUACUGACUGCAGCCACCUCAAGGCGUGGCAGCGCGGUAAAACAGGCUACCCUCUGGUCGACGCAGCCAUGAGGCAGCUGUGGCAAACAGGCUGGAUGAACAAUUACAUGAGGCACGUCGUGGCAUCUUUUCUCAUUGCGUAUCUCUACCUGCCUUGGCAAGAGGGCUAUCGCUGGUUUCAGGACACACUGGUGGAUGCAGACGUUGCCAUAGAUGCUAUGAUGUGGCAGAACGGAGGGAUGAGUGGCCUCGAUCACUGGAACUUUGUCAUGCACCCCGUCGACGCAGCGAUGACCUGUGACCCCUACGGCAGCUACGUUAGAAAAUGGUGCCCAGAGCUCGCAGAUCUGCCAGAUGAGCUUAUCCACAAACCUUGGAAAUGCCCUGCAUCUAUGCUACGGCGCGCAGGUGAGGCAGGAGGUGUGGCGUUGGGCCGGACAUACCCUGAGAGAAUUAUCACAGACCUGGAGGAGCGGAGGAGUAGAUCACUGCAGGACGUGGCUUCGGUGCGCAGAGAGUUUGGACAAUACGUGGACAAGCGCUCGGGCUGCGACUUGCUUCCUCUGCCCCCACGCCUGGUCUCCGAGGCUCUGGGCUCGUCCCACGAGGAGGCGGCUGUGGUGGGAGAAGGGAGGCGGUUCCUGCUGCCUCUGAUCACGCGCAUGGAAUUCAAAUAUCAGCUAGAAAAGCCGGACGCAGACGCGGCGUCAAACCCCUUCAACGCCGUUCUGAAAGGGUACGUGAGCCGAAAGAGGGACGAGACCGUCGCCUUUCUCAACGAGAGAGACUUUAAAGCCAGUGCUAUGUGUGAGGGAGUCCAGCGGCGGGAGAGGCUGGAGAGGGAUCAUCGCAGAAUGGAGGGGCUUCCUUCGACUCCCUCACCCGGCGCCAGGGCAAGACGGACUCCGACAGCCAAGGACAGGUUCUCUGUGGUACCCAGUGGAUCCAUCACUUCUGUAAACUGAGAAAUGAAGCUAAAAUGCACGAUGGUUACAAAAAUCUUCUUUAGUAUGGCCUUGUUUGGUUCAGUCACAAGCGGACAUGCCUCUUUACAUAAGUUCAAUCGCACAAUCAGCAGGAAGAGAGACAAAUCUACAAUUGUUAAUGGAAAAUUCUGAAUACCUUCAACAGGACACUGAAUCAAUGGAAAGAAAACCCAACUGGAAACCACUUGUGACUACGACACCAAAGAUUCAAACUUAAAGCAGCCUAAGAUUAAAAGGUGAGCUAAGAUCUACAGCAAACCAAAGAUAUGGCCCAGGGAGGAUUUAUGUAAAAGAAACAAACAAAAAAAAAAAAAGUUAACUUUAUAAAAUGGUUGGAGAUUAUUCCAUGCAGUUUAUUUUAAAGAUGCUCUCAGGGAUUGUUUUAUACUAGCAUAUGUGGGGGAAAAUGAGAGUAAUUUAGGCACUUUUCUUGGUUUUGGUUCAGCUGGGUCGCACAAAGCUACAUAAUUCAGCUGAAAUUGAACACUUCUGUAAACUGUCAAAUGUUACUGUACCGAAUGGAUUUAAAGACUUGAACUUGGGUGUUUAUAAAAGGGUAAAAAGCUUCCAAUACUCUGUCUUCCUCUGGUUCCAGUUGUGUUGUAUUCUGUUGUUAAACGUUUUUCUGUUUUCUAACUUCAUGUUACUACCUCUGUGAGCCUGUGGAGCCGUACAGAUCUUGUGAUCUAAACAAACACUGCCUACAUUUUUAACGCAGCAUCCAAAUAUUAAAAAUAAUUAAUUCCAAAGAAA